AUGACAUCGAGAGAAAGACACGAUCGCGUUAGUUUCUACCUGGUAUUGAACGGAACCACAUGUUCGUUGGUCUUGUGAAUUUUGACACUUUUGUGGGCAAUUUAACUUAUUAGAAACCAAAAAAACACAAAUCACCCAAAAUCAGAUGCAGAAACAAAAACUUGCUAAUUUGAAUAAUUCGAUUCAUGCACGAAACAAGUUGUGCUGUAUAUGUAUUCAACUGACAAAUUAACAAAAAACCAAAUACUGAUGGUGGAUUGUGUAACGAGUUAGUUUGAAUUCAAGGAGGUGUUGUUUUUUCCUAAUCGCAAUUGAAACUCUCUACAAUUGUAUUACCAAAACGUAAGCUGAACCGUAUAAUUACAGACGUUUGGAUUAGUGAAAAUCGUUGUCAACUAAACCUUUUGCGGUGAAAUUAAAUUGGAUUGAGAUUCGUGGAAAGAGUCUAUUUUCAAGCUGAAAAUAGCAAAAUCUCACUUUAAUAAUACUUGUAGUUCAAGUGAAAAAAAAACACAACAACAACAACAAACUUGAAGAGAAACAAAAGUUGUCUUGGCUGUAGUUCGUUUGCAUAUCGAAAGACUAUAAUCACGAAUUGACGAAGCGAAAAAAGUCUACAGUACACGAAUCUGAUCAUCGAACAGUGUACUUCAUCAUUUGAUCGGUGCGUUCGACAAAAAUCCAAACUUUUUAUUUCAGCUGAAAAAAGACUUGCUGUUCGUGCUGGAGAGCAGCAAGAGUUUUGGCUGAAAAAAAGAAUCGAGAAUUUGUGUGAGAAACUCCGAGUCGACUAUAAUUGCAAGCCGUGUAGUAUCGAAGAAAGAGAAGUGAUAUCAACAAAGUACAUAUAUACACAGAGUUGGUUGUGUUUGUGUUAUAACAUUCUUCCCGUUCAAUUUUCUGUUUUUCUAUUCUGUCACGAUGUUUGUUUAAUCUUCUUUUGGUGUGGAUUCGUCGUAUGGUUCUUCGAAAACGGCACGCAAGAGUUAUUAUUAUCACAAACGAUGCACACAUAUUCAUACUCGACUGCUGCUGCUAUUAUAAAAGUUUGUUGACGCGAGGAAGCUGCGGCAUUUGUGUAAACGAAAGCAGAAAAAAAAACAUUCAAUACUGAUGAUAUAUUAUGUGUUCAUAUCACACAAAAGAAAGCACGAGAUUCAGUGAAGGCAAAAUAUUAUUCUGUUGUGGAAAACGGCGAAAUGUUCGUCGACAGAUAUUUUUCUUAUGCAAAUUGAAUGAGUAUCACAGCAUACGUUGUCAACCCACACAAACUCUGUCAUACCGAUAAAAAUUCAUGUUUUCAUAAUUCAGUAAAAAGUAAUCAAUCGGCGAAAGAAAAAAAAAACAAAAAACGAACAAGAACAACACGCCAGUGAAAAGAUAGAGACGGACGUGCGUUCUGUAUCAGAAGAAUAAAAAAACUGACUGAACGAACGACCUCAUGUGCUUACGUGUGCUACAUUAAACCCGUUGUGAAACAGGAGUGUGUAUAUUAUUGGUGUAUGUGUAUGUGGUGUGUGUGUUUUUUUUCUCUCCAUUUCGCCGUUACUGCUCCUACUAAAGAAAUCGUUUCGUUAUCUGCCAUCAAAUUUAGGAGAAGCAAAAGAAUAAAAAAAGAUACCUCAUUUGCCAGUGCUACUCAAAGUUUUCUUGUUUAGUGUUUCUUUGAUCGAAAUUGGCUCGCUGUUCAUUAUUCGGUGUUUUUUUCUCUCUUCUUCGUUCGUUUGUUUGACGAGUGUAUGCGCGCGAAUAUACAAAGUCAUUUUUAUAUGUUAUUUACCAUCAUCUCUCUCGUUCAAGUUUGAUCUGAAUAAUUUACCAUUUUUUCCGCUGCAAAUAAAGAGGUGCAUCAUGUUUUAACAGUGGAUCGUAUAAAUUUAUUGGGAGCCAAGUAGGAAAGAAACGAUUUGGUAUUCAUAUAAACAAAAACAACAACAACAACUAGAGAAUAAAAAAAUAUAUCAUAAGCAUGAUGCAUAAAGUUUGAGCUCUGACUGAGUAUUUUGUUAUUGAGCGAGGACGGCGUGCAGCUUCAGGAGAAUCUCGUGACAUUUAGGUGGAGAUAAAAAAAAGAUAGAAAAAAAGAAAACAAGUUUGUAUAACCGUCGCCGCAGCAAAAUCAUCAUCAUCAGCGGCAGCAGCAGCAGCAAAAGCAACAAAAGCAGCAGUGGAUAAGUGUGAAGAAAGACAGAAGUGAUCUGUUGCAGUAGGAAAGAUUUCAGUGUUUGUACAUGAGCCGGCACCAUGAAUCGAAUGUGGAACGUAUUUACCCUGGCUCUAAUUGCAUGCCUGAUAAAUUGUGGUCGAUGCAAUUUACCGCCCGUAUUCACCGAAGACAUGAAUAAUUUGGCACUAUCCGAGGCCACACCAGUUGGUUGGAUCGUUUAUACGUUGGAAGGAUAUGAUCCGGAAGGCGGUGAAGUUACAUUCGGAUUGAUUGGCUCCGAAAACUUUGCCGUCGAUCCAAAAUCCGGUGAAGUUAAAGUUAUCAGAGCACUUGACCGUGAGACGAAAGACACAUUAUCCUUUCUCGUUACGAUUAAAGAUAGAGUUAAUGCAUCUGGCGGUGACUCGGAACACGAUAAUUUAGUUCAAGUGCCAAUUAAAGUAAUUGUUUUAGAUGAAAAUGACGUUGUUCCAGAAUUCCAAAAUGUGCCAUAUGAAACUGAAGUUUUAGAGAGUGCCGCACCUGGAGCACGGAUUUUUGAUUCAAUUCUGGUGACGGACAAAGAUACAGUCGGUGAAAAUUUAAAUAUUACCUGUUUGACCGCAACGCAGAAAACUUUAAUUAAAUCACCUCAAUCAGCUUCGUCAUCGUUGCCAUCAAAAGCAGCCACCGAAUCGUACGAACCAUGCUCAAAAUUUGCCAUCGAAUUGAUCGAAAGCAAUCAAGAUCGACUAAAAGCAGCCAUUAUUUUAAAAGAGAAAUUGGAUUAUAACGAGCAAAUGAUAUAUCAUUUGCUCUUAACUGCAACGGACGGAAUACAUGAGUCGAGUACAGGUGUUGAAAUUCGAGUUAAGGAUGUUCAAAAUCGUCCGCCCGUAUUUCAGGGCUCAUUAGCAGCUGUCAUCAAUGAAGACAGUCCGAUUGGCACAUUAGUUAUGACCAUUCAAGCAAAAGACGGCGAUCACGGACAACCCAGGAAAAUCGUCUACGAUUUACUCAUGAAUCCAAUGGAUUACUUUUUGCUGGAUGCAAAAACCGGUGAAUUGCACACCGCCCGACCACUCGAUCGGGAAGCAUUGCCAGACGCUACCGGUAUCAUUGUUUUAACCGUUCGAGCCCGUGAAUUGGUCGAUGGUCAACCAGGCAAUGAUAAUUCGACGGUUGCCAUAACACAAGCGUCGAUCACAAUUCAUGAUGUAAAUGAUUCACCGCCAGUAUUCAACAAGAAAAACUACUUCAUCUCUCUCGCCGAAAAUACACCGAUUGGAACUCCGUUGCCCAUUGAGAUUAAUGUUCGUGAUCCAGAUGUGGGUCAAAAUUCGAUGUUUAGUUUGAGAUUGGAAGAUGUGUCUGGUGUUUUUGAUGUUGAACCAAAAGUGGUAACUGGUUCGUCACCUGUUAGCAUUCGCAUUGCAAAUGGCACUUUAGACUAUGAAAAUCCAAACCAACGCAAGUUUAUCGUUCUGAUAAUUGCCGAGGAGACGGAGACAGUUCAAGAGCUAUCGUCAACGGCAACGUUGACAGUGACGGUGACCGAUGCAAAUGACAAUCGGCCGAUAUUCGAACAUGAAUCGUACUCGUUUUCGGUGAGUGAAACCGCACCGGCAAAUCAUUUGAUUGGCACUAUCACUGCCAAAGAUUUGGAUUCAGGACGUUUUGGUACAAGUGGAAUUCGAUAUUCAUUAUCUGGUGCGGGCUCGGAACUGUUUCAUGUGAGCAAUAAUGGAGCAAUAACAGUAGCCGAGUGUCAACCGCCACAAAUGGUUGGCCACAAAAUGUUGGCGGCACAAUUGCAUCGUAAAAAGCGUGAAACCCCAGCCAAUCGAUUGACGAAUACGAAAAAAGUGAAUUUAACGAUUGUCGGCGAAACGGGUGUUAUUGAUGUGGACGAUUCGAAUGGUUCAACGGAACUCUAUUAUCCGUUCGCGAAUGUUGAAGAAGUCACAUUUCGGCCAUUUUUCAGCGCAAACGACGAUUACAUGGUAAUGAGCGAUGACAGCAACGAAGAAACCACAACCGCAUCCGACGAAACAUUGCACGCAAUCGAUGAAAAUCACACAAAUGAAUUGAAUACAAUCGAUGCACACCACUCACAGCGAAAUACAAUGAAACAAAGUACGGUCGCGGUUGGAAGUAAUAAUGGGGGAUUGGGACACGCACCAUGCUUGGACUAUGAAACGCAGCCCGUCUACUUUUUGACGUACAAGGCUACGGAUGAUAGUGGUCUCGGUCAAACAUCUGUUGUAUCAUUACGAAUCAUGCUAACCGAUUCGAAUGAUUCGCCGCCAGUAUGCGAGAGUUCACUUUAUCGUGCAUCGCUUGACGAAGGCGCCAUAGUCUUUGAUCCACCGCUAUUCAUUAAAGUUCGUGAUGCUGAUAGCACCUCCGACAUUAGCUACAGGAUUCUCGGCCAAGCCAACAUACCCGAUUUGUUCACCAUCGAUAAGCACACGGGCCAGGUGUUCAUUAAGGAUACGGCAGCAUUAGACGUAAACCAUUUAAAAUCGGAGAAUAUUUAUUUCAGCGUUGAGGCCGAUGACGGUGCUUUCGAAGCCAUUUGCAAUGUAAAUAUCACGAUACGCGACGUAAAUAAUCAUGCACCAAAAUUCGGGCGCGACAAUUACAUGGCAACUAUUGCGGAGAAUACAGCAAUUGGCACAGUGGUGGAACGUGUUCAUGCGACUGAUUUGGACACCGGAAUCAAUGCGAAAAUACGGUAUCGUAUCCAACAGGGAAGCUUCGAUGACUUUGCCAUCGAUAACCAAACCGGAUUAAUAUCCAUUGCUCGCAAAUUGGACUAUGACAAACGGGAAAACUAUCGCAUUGAAGUGGUUGCAUCGGAUCUAGGUAUUCCGAGUCUAUCGGGAACGGCAACCGUAUCAAUAAAUUUGAUCAAUAGCAACGAUAAGGAUCCAUUCUUUAUACCUGCUACACAGCGAGCAGAAGUGCGCGAAGAUGCUCCGAUUGGAAAACGAAUUUAUCAACUUGUCGCUCAUGAUCCAGAUGUUGCAUCGAACGAUGUACUCACUUAUGAAGUGACCGAACCAAUAACAGCUGUCAAUAAAAAUGGAAAAGAGGUCACCGAUUCGCAAGCAUUUAAACAUUUAUUUGCCGUCGACCGAUAUGGAAAUGUCACCGUCAACGGUUUGCUUGAUAGAGACUUUUUUGCUGUCGUUCGGCUAACCGUGCUUGUCACCGAUACAACCGCUCCAUCGCUGCAACAGGGCAAAGGCAUGCUCAUCAUUACAAUAAUUGAAGUGAAUGAAAUGCCACCGGUGUUUGCUCUUCCAUGGACACCAGCCACGCCGAAGCUCAUCUAUCAAAUGCUGGAAGAGCAACCGAUUGGCACAAAAUUAACGCAACUCCAAGCAACAGAUAGCGAUUCAAACAUCGAAGCCUAUCAUCUGUCGACGAAUGAUUACCUCGAAAUAAAUAAUCUCACAGGCGUGAUUACGACAAAAGCUCGCAUCGACUAUGAAUCAAUAAAGCAGAUUUAUGUGAAUGCAUAUGUAUCCGAUACCGGAAUUCCGCAAUUGACAUCCACCGCUGAAAUUAUCGUCGACAUUGUCAAUGCGAACGAUAACGAGCCCAUGUUUUCAUUGCCCGAGUAUCGGUUCACCGUGCCAGAGAAUUCAGCAAAGGGAACGUUCAUCGGGAAAAUUGACGCAAAGGAUGGUGACGAUGGGAUUUUCGGAAAUGUAACAUACUCAUUGAUUGGUGACCACAGUAGCAACUUCAAUGUGGAUUCGAUAUCGGGUUCGAUUACGGUACAGAAUAGCACAUUCUUGGAUCGAGAACGUUUGCCGGAUGUUAGUUUCUCAGCGGUUGCUGUCGACAAGGCACCAAUCACUACACGACACUCAAGCAUUGUUCCGAUUCAUAUUACCGUUCAAGAUGUCAACGACAACAGUCCAGUUUUCACACAGAAAAGUUAUUAUGCAUCGGUUGCCGAGAAUGCACAAUUAAAUCCACCUGCUGCUGUUCUGCAAGUGAAUGCAUUGGAUGCGGACGAUGGUAUAUUCGGUGAAGUAAAGUAUGCUGUCAUUGGCAAUGACAACACGCUGUUCCAGUUGGAUCCCAAUUCAGGAAUUUUGUAUCCAUCGCAAAGUCUCAAAAGUAAAAAAGGUCAAUACAAACUCACUGUUGAGGCUCGUGAUGGUUUGGGCUUUGGCCCGAAUGCUGAUAAAGCGGAUGUUGUGAUUGACGUGCAAAGUGUAAACAAUUAUCGCCCGAUUUUCAUUAUGCCAUCCCUAUCGAAUGCCUCCGUUGAGAUUCAGGAAAAUCACGCAACACAAAAUUAUCUGGUGAUGACUGUGAAAGCAAAUGACGAGGACACUGGCGACAAUGGUUUGGUUAAGUACUAUUUGCAAGUGAACAAUCAGAAUGUGUUAGAAACGGAUGAGUUUAAAAUUAACGAGCACACGGGUGACUUGAAGUUGAAAAUGGACUUGAAUCGAGAGAAGCAAUCGAAAUACGAGUUGGUUUUGGUUGCACGGGAUCAAGGCAUGCCAUCGCAUUUUGAGAGUUUGCGAUUCUUAACGAUUUUAAUUGUCAGUGUGAAUGAAAACAAAGCCGAAUUCCCGGACGCAUCGAAUCCGUACAAAUUUUUCAUCGUCGAAAACAGCGAUCGGGGCAUUCGUAUUGGUAAAAUUCAAGCAUAUCUUCGUGAUAAGGAUCCACACACCAGCGUUUAUUACUACAUGCUGUUGGGAAAUGAGAAUGGUGCAUUCUAUGUGGAUAAAAAAAGCGGCGACGUAUUCACCAAUCGAUCGCUAGACCGAGAAGAAGUGGAUACGUAUCAUUUGUACAUUUUGAGCAGCAAAAAAUCCGAUUUACAUAUUUCGCGGCGCCAACGCGAUGAUUUAUCGAUUGAGGCACUUGAACGCGACAGCACUGUUGCCAAAGUGCAAGUCAAAGUGCUUGACGUGAAUGACAACGCACCGAAAUUCGAACAUGACAUUUAUUACGCUGGAAUAAACGCUGAAGCGGCCAUCAAUCAAUUAGUCUCAACGAUUAAUGCAACAGAUGCGGAUAUGGGUACGAAUGGAACAUUCGACUUAAUUAUUGUCGCAUCAAAUCUCUAUAAAUACGGCUCAAGCCGAUCGGUUGGAUCGAUUGUACCGAGUCCAUUUAAAAUAUCAAAAGAUGGCCGCCUGACGACAGCUGCAUUUAUGGGUGAAUACGACCAAGAUCGAUUCGAAUUGACUAUCGUUGCCAAGGAAAUUGAGCAUCCGGGCCGUGAAGCAUCGACCAAAGUUGUGAUUUGGGUGAUACGACAGGAGCAAUUGGUGCGUGUCAUUAUGUCACGACCUCCGGGCGAGGUGAUGCAAGAAAGAGAAGAGCUUGUAUCCGAGCUGAGAAAUGCAACCGAUAAACGCAUUGUGGUCGAUGAAGUGCGCCAUCAUGUGAAUAGCAUGGGUCGCAUUCGUAUGGAUUGGUGUGACAUGUAUUUUCAUGCAGUCGAUCCCGAAACCAAUUCAAUUGUUCCGGUUGAUGAUGUGCUUAAGGGCAUCGACAAUAACUAUGACUUUUUGAAGGAUUAUUAUGCUGGAUUUGCUAUUGAAAACAUUGUUCCAGCGCAUGCCAAAUACGUGGAAGAAGAAGUCGAUUUGGCGUUGAUUGGACUGUUGGCACUGUUGGUGGUGUUAUUUAUUGGAGCGAUUAGUUUCAUGGUGCUUUGUUGUUGCCUCAAAAAUUGGAACAUGAACAUACCGCCGCAAACACGACGAAAGGAAGCACUCAUCAAGAAACAGUUCAUCGAUGAACUCAGCACAACCGAAAAUCCGCUGUGGAUUGAACAAAAAAUGAAAAUGUACGAAGAACAAGAGCUGACGAUGCAAGUGUUUUCUGAGCCAGAAAUUAUCACAAUGGACGCUGAUUCAAUUCAACCAGCAUCACAGUUUGGUCGCCGAGAUUCGUACGAACCAUCUCAAAUGGGUGAUAACACAUAUGCUACAAUUCAGCCGCGACAUCCGGUGAAUGGCAGUAAUACUGGACCGCGGCUACGCAACAGUAGUUCCGUGUCAACGAUAGGCAAUGGAGAAAUUGCUGACUAUGCCACACUUAGGAAUAUCAGUAGCGCCCUUUCGCCGUCGACGACACCACACUACGAGUUCACCGGGUCAACAUUCCAAGCGCUCAGUCACAAUGAUGACGGUACUUAUGUGGCCGAAAUCAUUUGACAUCAAAAUAAUCAACUGAAUGAUUUCAUCAUUUGGUAAAACGACGCAGUCAGUCACAAAAAAAAACCGCAUACAAAGACGUAAUUCUAUUGCCAAUACAACUCAUUUUCAAUUUUAAUCUUUAGUGAAUUUUACAACAACAACAACAUACUUUUUAUGUAAUGUCAAGAAUGCAACAAACUGAUUUGAAUUAUAAACUGAAUGUAUGUAAAAAAAAUCUAAUGAAAAAGACAAUAAUUAACGAGAAAAAAAAGAAAAA